CUUGAACAAACUUCUCUUUCUUCUCCAUUCUGUCUGUUAACACGCAAAAAGAAAAAUACACUCCAAAAAAGGAAAAAAUAUCAGAUCUUAUUCCAAACUGACCCUUAAACUUGAAUUAAAUUACGAAAAUGUCAAGCGACAGCGAUGACGAAGACGAACUUCUUCAGAUGGCAUUGAAGGAACAAGCGCAGCGCGAUCUCAACUACCAGAAACCACCGUCAUCGUCAAAUCAGCGGAAACCGGUGGCGAAUUUCGUUCAACCACCGAAGACUACGGCUGCGGCAGCUCCGCCGAGGAAAGGGACAGCUGGAGUGGCGCAUAAUCAAAAGAAUAGGCGAGUGGUGGAGGAUGACGACGAUUCGGAGUUGGAAAUGCUAAGUAUAUCGAGUGGAGAUGAGGAAGUUAUUAAGGAUCGCAGUGGCGAAGGAGCUAAAAGGAGAGGCGGCGGCAGCGGCGGGAAAGAUGGAAAGGAGGAUGAUAAAGGUUGGGAUGGUGAAGAGCCUGAUUGUUGGAAAAGAGUUGAUGAGGCUGAGCUUGCCCGUAGGGUUCGUGAAAUGCGAGAGACAAGAACAGCGCCGGUGGCUCAGAAGUUUGAGAAGAAGCCUUCAGCAUUGGGGAUCAAGGGACUUAACAGUUUACAGUCAUUCCCGCGGGGCAUGGAAUGCAUAGAUCCAUUAGGAUUGGGGAUCAUUGACAACAGAACAUUAAAAUUGAUCACUGAAUCAUCAAACAGCUCUCCACAAUCUGAUAAAGGAACUGUUGAUAGUAAUCUUCGCGAGAAUUUGCUGUAUUUCUCUGAAAAGUUUGAUGCAAAGUUGUUUUUAUCCCGAAUACAUCAAGAUACCAGUUCUGCCGAGCUAGAGGCUGGUGCCCUUGCUUUAAAAACUGAUCUCAAAGGACGUACUCAGCAGAGGAAACAAUUAGUUAAAGACAAUUUUGACUGCUUUGUCUCAUGCAAAACUACUAUUGAUGAUAUAGAGUCCAAAUUGAAACGUAUUGAAGAUGAUCCAGAAGGUUCUGGGACGUCUCACCUUUUUAACUGCAUGCGAGGAGUAACCUCACUGGCAAACCGUGCUUUUGAGCCUUUAUUUGAGAGACAGGCUCAAGCUGAGAAGAUCAGAUCUGUCCAGGGCAUGCUUCAGAGAUUCCGAACACUGUUUAACUUGCCAAGCACCAUCCGUGGGAGCAUUAGUAAGGGUGAAUAUGACUUGGCAGUGAGGGAAUACAAAAAGGCGAAGUCAAUUGCUCUGCCUUCUCAUGUAAAUAUAUUAAAACGUGUUCUCGAAGAGGUCGAAAAGGUGAUGCAUGAGUUCAAAGGCACACUUUACAAAUCAAUGGAAGAUCCACAAAUAGACCUCACAAAUCUUGAAAACACUGUGAGACUGUUGCUGGAGCUAGAGCCUGAGUCAGAUCCUGUAUGGCAUUAUUUAAAUGUACAGAAUCAUAGAAUUCGAGGUUUGCUGGAGAAAUGCACAUUGGAUCAUGAAGCAAGAAUGGAAACUUUGCACAAUCAGAUGCGUGAAAGAGCUAUAUCUGACGCAAGGUGGAGGCAAAUUCAACAAAACUUGCAUCAAUCUUCGAAUGGAGAUUAUUCCCUUGAACUGGGGGACAUCCCUCUGCCAGUAGACUCACAGCUAAUAGACUUGACUGGUGAAGAAGUUGAUGUUCUUAGAGGGAAGUACAUCCGCAGGCUAACUUCUGUACUGAUCUAUCACAUACCCGCCUUUUGGAAAGUGGCACUUUCCGUUUUUAAUGGAAAAUUUGCAAAGUCUUCACAAGUUUCUGCUGAAUCAAAUGUCAAUACAUCAGCAAAUAAACCUGAGGAAAAAGUUGGGGAUGGGAGGUACUCGACACAUUCUCUUGAUGAAGUUUCUGGAAUGGUUCGCAAUACUAUCUCAGCCUAUGAAGUCAAGGUUCACAAUACUUUUCGUGAUCUUGAAGAAUCAAAUAUUCUUCAGUCUUAUAUGAGUGAUGCCAUAAAGGAAAUAGCCAAAGCCUGUCAAGCAUUUGAAGCAAAAGAAUCAUCCCCAUCUAUUGCUGUCAUAGCUCUCAGAACACUUCAAGCUGAGAUUACAAAGAUUUACAUACUUAGGCUCUGCUCAUGGAUGCGAGCAACAACAGAAGAGAUAUCCAAAGCAGAAACAUGGGUUCCUGUAUCUAUUCUUGAAAGGAAUAAAUCUCCAUACACUAUCUCUUUCUUGCCUCUAGCAUUCCGCUCUAUCAUAGCCUCUGCUAUGGAUCAGAUAAGUUUGAUGAUUCAGUCCUUGAGGAAUGAAGCAAGGAAGUCAGAAGACAUGUUUGCCCAAUUUCAAGAAAUUCAAGAAUCAGUUAGACUGGCCUUCUUAAAUUGUUUCCUUGAUUUUGCUGGUAAUCUGGAGCAGAUUGGGAGUGAGCUUGCGCAAAACAAAUCAAACAAGGAAAGUGCGGAGUUACAGAAUGGAUUUACUUACGAAUCAGAAGAAAAUCUAUCGUCUGAAAUUCCUGGAAGUCUUGUUGGUUCACAUAAAAAAUUGUUGAUCGUCUUAAGUAAUAUUGGAUACUGCAAAGAUGAACUUUCUUAUGAGUUAUACAACAAGUACAGAAACAUUUGGUUGCAGUCUAGGGAAAAGGAUGAAGAAGACAGUGAUGUACAAGACCUAGUUAUGUCCUUCUCUGGUCUAGAAGAAAAAGUCCUAGCACAGUAUACUUUUGCAAAGGCAAACAUGGUCAGAACAGCAGCCACAAACUAUUUGUUGAAGUCCGGUGUUCACUGGGGAGCCACACCUGCAGUCAAAGGUGUUCGCGAUGCAGCUGUGGAGUUAUUACACGCUCUCGUAGCGGUGCACUCAGAGGUCUUUGCUGGUGCUAAGCCUUUGCUGGAUAAGACACUUGGCAUUCUUGUGGAAGGUCUAAUUGAUACCUUUUUGAGUAUUUUAUAUGAGAACAAAAGUAAAGAGCUAAGGUCACUUGACCCAAAUGGUUUCUGUCAGCUAAUGCUCGAGCUUGAAUAUUACGAGACCAUUUUAAAUCCGUAUUUUACACCUGAUGCUAGGGAAUCGCUCAAAUCCUUACAAGGUGUGCUUUUAGAGAAAGCAACCGAGAAUGUUGCUGAAGCUGUUGAAAAUCCAGGGCAUCAACGGAGAUCAACUCGUGGGAGUGAAGAUGCACUCGAUGACAGGCAGCAAGGGAUGAAUGUCUCACCAGAUGACCUAAUUGCUCUUGCUCAGCAAUGCAGCUCUGAGCUGCUUCAAGCAGAAUUAGAGAGAACUCGAAUUAAUACAGCAUGCUUCGUAGAGUCAAUUCCAUUAGAUGCAGUGCCGGAAUCUGCAAAAGCUGCUUAUAGCUUCAGAGCAUCAAUGGAUUCUCCCAGUAGAAAUUACAGAGGUGCUCAAGCAGUAGGAUCUCCAAGUUUUGGCCGAUCAAGGCGUCGGUGAUUCAGUUUGUAUUUGGCAACAGAAAUUUUUGUAUUGUCAAUUUUUCAAAUGUGCAUGCAGUGUUGUAUUGUAGUCAUAGCUGUGUUAUAUCCAAUUAAAAUGAAAUCCAUAUUCUUUACAUUUAAGUUCAUUAUUACCGUCUUUCA